GCGUGAGGGCCGGCGCGUGAGGGCCGCGAUGGUGUUCCUGACGGGCCGGCUCGGCCUUCGCAGCCGCCUCACCGACCGCUUCUGGAGGGUCCAGGACCUGCUCCGACACGCCAGGCACUUCCGCGGAAGGAAGAACCGUUGCCCCAGGUUGGCCGUCCGAGCCGUCCACCGAGCCCUGGUGAAAUGUACCAAAGCCCGCAGGCUGAAGAAGAGAAACAUGAGAACGCUGUGGAUAAAUCGGAUCGAAGCCGCUUCGCAGGAGCACAGCAUGAACUACACAAGAUUCAUCUCCAAUCUGCUCAAGUGCCAAGUGGAGCUCAACCGCAGAGUGCUUGCCGACCUGGCCAUCUACGAGCCCAAGACCUUCAAGUCCCUGGCGGCCCUGGCCCAGAGGAGGGGGCAUGAAGGUUUGGCCGCCGCCCUCGGAGACGGGAAGGAGCCCCAGGGGGUGUUUUCCCGGGUGGUCUACUACUGGUGAGGCGGACACCCGCCUGCUGCACGGGAUGGCCCACAAGGGGAGGAAGCCAGCCCCCACGGUGGGGACGGGGCGCAGUGGAACCGAGCGGGUCGUAGCUUGGAACACGGACCGGUGCCGGCAGGCGACCUUCCCUUCUCGGGCCGGGCCCGGGCCGCCCAAGACCAAGACUCACUGUCGGGUUUCGGCCGGGAGGAUGAGACCGAAAAUCAUCUUUCGCGGGCUUGUCGGUGUAAGCAGCUUGUGAGCCCUGAACAGACGGUGAAAAUAAAGGUCUUACAAUAUA